CUUAGUCAAGUCACGUGACUAUAUCUCAAAAAAUGCCAGUUUGUCAAUAAUUUUAUUAACGGUUUUUCACACAAAAUGACGAGUUCAAUCAGUGUUUUAAAAUAAAAAAUAUUUUCUGCUGAAAAAUUAGCCCACGUUAAUAAGUGAAAAACAAUUUUAAUAUCGAUACUCGUGAGAGAUGUCUUCUGAGAACCAGGUAAACAGCAAAUCCUCAGAGGAGGAUAUGGAUGUUGAUCCUUUUCCUCCUCCUGUUGCUAAUCCUUCUUCUGCCGAUUCUUUUGAUACUCCUGCUGAUGCUGCUCCUACUGACGAUGACUCCCCACGGCAACAGAAUAUGGAAGCUCAAAAUGAACCAGAUGAUGUUCCGUACACGGUAGGAUGGCAAGUGUCAGAAGACAUAUUUAUUCCUCCAGCACCCCAAGCAUUUGGUGAGUAUGACGCUACAGGGCCGAGAUUGAUGAUUGUGAAAAUAGUCGCUAAGAAUUUCAAGAGUUAUGCUGGUUCUGUAGUAAUUGGACCUUUUCACAAGUGUUUUUCGUCCAUUGUUGGCCCUAACGGAAAUGGUAAGAGUAAUGCCAUUGACUCAAUGCUCUUUGUAUUUGGCUACAGAGCUAAUAAAAUUAGAACGAAGAAAGUUGCAGAAUUGAUACACAGUUCGAAUGAACAUCCCAACUGUAGUAGCUGCACAGUUUCGGUCCACUUUCAACAAAUCAUUGACAAGGUUGGUCAUGAUUAUGAUAUUGUUCCAAAUAGUGCCUUUGUUAUUUCGAGGACGGCUUUCAAGGAUAGUUCAGCAUAUUAUGAACUUGAUGGUCGAAAAGUGCAAUUUAAGGAAAUAACAAAACGUUUGCGGGAUCAUUGUGUGGACUUAGAUCAUAAUAGAUUCUUAAUUCUUCAAGGAGAAGUAGAACAAAUAGCUCUAAUGAAACCCAAAGGCCAGGGUGAUGGUGAUACUGGUAUGUUGGAGUUUUUAGAAGAUAUUAUUGGUACUACUCGAUACAAAGAACCUCUUAAAAAGUUAUCUGACAAAGUAGAAGGUUUGUCAGAAGAGCGCGAAGAAAAACUAAGACGUCUCAAGGUAGUAGAGAAGGCCAAAGCAGAAUUGGAAAAGCCUAUGCAAGAAGCUAUACAAUAUUUAAAAUCAGAAAACUCUAUUAUAAAACUGCAACACACAUAUUAUCAAUGUAAAAGAUAUGAAGCUUUAGAUCGAUUAAAAAAAGAAGAAGAAGUGAAAAAAGAGUUGGAUGAAGAUUACAAUAAGCUUAUGGAUGAAAUGAAAUCCGUACAGAAAGAAAGAGAUGAAAAAACGAAAGAUUUUAAAGAGAAAUCUAAAAAGUGGGAUAAACUACAGCAACAGAAAGAUGCGCUAACGGUUAAAACAGAUGAAAUGAGGAAAAAAGAUAAUGCCCUUCAAGCUGAAGCAGAGGCAACCAACAAACGACGGAAAGAAAACAAAGAAACCGUUAAAAAGGAAAAAACCAAACUAGAAGAAAUUCAAAGGAUACCGGCAAAAAAUGUUAAAGAUAUAGAGGAGUGUGAAAAACUACAGAAAAAACAAAUCACUGAACGUGAAGCGGAAGAAGCUGCUCUAGCAAAUUUAAUGAGUGGAUUGAAAGAAAAGACUGAACCAUUGAUUAAAAAACGUGCGAAAUUGGAAAAAGAGUUGGUCACCCAGCGAAAAGCCGUUGAUGAUGCUAAAUCAGUAUUCGACAUUGCCAAGUCAAAGCUCGAUCUGUACCAAUCUGAAGAACAGACAGAAAAAGAUAAGCUUGAACGGUUAAAAGAAUCUGUAAAAAUAACUAGUGAUAGGCUGUCUGAGACCAAAAAGAAGAUUGCAGCAAUAGAACCUAAAAUCCCAGCUACGGAGAAAAGCUUGCAACAAGCUCAACGAGAACUGGAGGACCUUAAAAAUCGUGAAAAUGAGGCAAACAUGCAUCUGAGGAAUAAACGUAUGAAGUACGACGAGCAGAAGUCUGCUAUGCAAGCAGGAACAUCCAGAAAUCAUAUACUUAACGCUCUUAUGCGCGAAAAGAGGGAAAGUCGGCUUCCUGGUAUUUACGGUAGACUGGGUGACUUGGGUGGUAUUGAUCCAAAGUACGAUGUAGCCGUGUCCACGGCUUGUGGUCCUCUAGAUAAUAUCGUCGUCGAUUCCGUGAACACGGCAACCGAGUGUAUUGAAUUUUUGCGACGCAACAACCUCGGUCGAGCCACUUUCAUUGCUCUGGAGAAGCAACAACGUUUUGCUCGUCAAUGCCAGGAGAGGAUACGUACCCCGGAGAACGUACAUCGGCUGUUUGAUCUUAUUAAAGUGGAGAAUCCAGAUAUCCUUCCUGCCUUUUACUACGCCUUACAAAAUACAUUAGUAGCCAAUGAUCUGGACCAAGCGACCCGUAUAGCUUAUGGUGCCACGCGUUAUCGCGUUGUGACACUUAAGGGCGAAUUAAUCGAGCUGUCGGGUACUAUGAGUGGUGGUGGCCGACAAGUGUCGAGAGGUCGUAUGGGUCAAAAGGCAGCACGUAGUGAACCUACGGCGGAAGAUAUCUCGAAACUGCAGGAAGAACUCGACCAAGUCUUUGAAGAGUAUAAUCAGGUCAAAGCCAAACAACCUCCAUUAGAAAAUCAGAUAUAUACUCUGAGCACAGCACUCAAGGAUAUGAUCGUCGACAGAGACAAGUACAAAAUCGACAUAAACCAAUUGACCGUUGAAGAGCCGAAUUUGAAAAAACAGCUGCAAGAGCAAGAGAAAAAGGCUAAGUUGUCUAUCUGUGAUCCCGGAAAGGUUCGACAACUGUCAAAAGUUGUCGAAGACGCUGAGCAAAAGCUCAAUAGUGUCUCGGAGACUUCCAAAGAGACGGAAAACGAAGUUGCUCGAAUAAAUCACGAAAUCGAUGAAAUAUCCGGCAACCGAGUAAAAGAGCAACAAAAGAAAAUCAAUACUCUGAAUAAAAACAUUGACAAAGCAAAGGGAGAAGUUUGCAGAUUGCAAGUUGCCAUUAAAACCGCAGAAAGAAACGCGAAGAAAACGGAGCAACGAAUCGAAACUCUCGAGACUGAUAUCAAAAACUGCGAAAAACGGAUAUACGAUAUCACAAAAGAAAAGAAAGAAAUAGAGAGCGUCUAUCAGGGCAUGAUUGAAGAAAUGGAGCAACUGGAUGAAAGUCUCACUGAGAGGCAAGAGCUAGCAGGGAAACUAAAAUCUGAAUUGGAAAAGUUGCAGUCGCGAGAGAGCAAAAUGAAGGCUUUGAAGAUUGAUUUGGACCAAAAGUUAAAUGAGAAGAACAAAAUACUGAAAGAUCUCCAACAUCGGAUUCCUGAUUUGACUAAGGCCAUACAAACUCUGAACCUUCAAGACAUACCCAACGAAGAGAAAGAACCUUUAACGGAAUUAACGACUGAAGAACUGGAAGAAUUGGAUGACAAGGUAGUUUUAGCUCAACUCCAAAAAGCUAAAGAAAAGCUGCCGCAAGAGAUACCAAAUAUGCAGAUUAUCGAGCAGUUCAGAGAGCAAAACAAUUUGUAUCUAAAAAGGUUCGAGAAACUACAGAAAAUUACUGAGGAACGAAAUAGCAUGCGAGACUCUUACAACUUGGCGAUACGCAGAAGAAUGGAGGAGUUUAACGACGGAUUUAACAUGAUUACUGGCAAACUGAAGGAAAUGUAUCGAAUGAUCACACUUGGUGGUGACGCCGAACUCGAAUUGGUCGAUUCGCUGGAUCCGUUUAGCGAAGGUAUCGUGUUUAGCGUGCGGCCUCCGAAAAAGUCCUGGAAACAAAUCCAGAACUUGAGUGGUGGUGAGAAAACUCUCAGUUCUCUGGCUUUAGUGUUUGCCCUGCAUCAUUACAAGCCCACACCUUUUUACUUCAUGGACGAAAUUGAUGCUGCUCUGGAUUUUAAAAAUGUAUCUAUUGUGGCCAGUUACAUCAAGGACAGAACGAAAAACGCUCAGUUCAUCGUUAUUUCUCACAGAUCAGAUAUGUUCGAACUCGCUGACUAUCUCGUAGGCAUCUACAAAAUCAAUAACUGUAGCCACUGUGCAGCUUUGGAUAUAGCUCAGUUCAACGUGAAGGUAGGAAUCGUCGAACAACCAAAAGAGACGAAUCACAAUCCAUCUAGAUUUUUAUCACAACCAAAUCCUGCUGGGAACUCUAAUUCUAUCAAUGGAACAAACGACAGUAGAAAUUCUGAAACAACUCGGGCAAUCCCAUCUACUUGCCCUGUAAAUAUUAACAGGCACGAAGAAAUUGAAAAUAUCAGACCUAACCGGCAAAACGGUGAAGAGGAAAAAGAAAAUCAAGACGCAGAAAAUGAUGAAAACGACAACCAGGGAAAUCCAAUGGAACCCAGCAUGAACUUCAGCCUUGGAGAGUUGAUUUUGCCACCAACCCCAGUGAAACAGCCACAGACUCUAGAAUCGAAAAAAAGAAAAAUCGAAAAGUCACCCAAUGUUAAAAGCAAAACAAACGACAUACCAUUAAAACAACAACAAAAAAGCUCGAAACAAAACGUUUCAAGACAGUUGGAUCAGGUAGACGAGGAAUCGGACAAUCAGUCAUCCGAUAAUAAAGCUUCAGACGACGGUUCAACUCCGAAGCGUCAAAAGACCUUACAUAAGGAUGCUUCAAAUAAUGCAAAUCAGGUGGACAACGAAACAGACAACCAAUUAUCUUCUGAUAACAAUGUAUCUAGCGGAGCCUCAACUCCAAAACGUCAAAGGAUUUCACUUAGAAACGCUUCAAAACCAUUACAGAGUACUUCAAAGGACACUCCAUCUCCAAAACAACAGAGAAACACAAAAAGGAAUGUUACAGUGUCGCCAAAGCAAAAAAGUAGGGGAGUUGAAAGAAGAUCAUCUUCUGAAAGCAAUGCCUCAAAGGAAGCUACAACUCCAACGAGGCGAAGGAACGUGCAAAAAAAUGUUGCAGCAAAAGAGGUGGACAAGAUAGUAGAUAAACAGUCGUCUUCUGAAAGCAACUCUACACCCCCACAGAGACAAAUGAGCUCGAGAAGGACCAGGAGAAAUGAAGAAGUAAGUGAUCCGUCGUCCUCUGAUACCAAUACGUCGGAAGGAACUGCAACCCCAACGAGACGGAGAAGUUUACGAAGGGGCGAUGCGAAUUCACAGAAAGCAGAUGUAAAAUCACCAAGUGUAUCUUCUGAAGAUGGUACAGUAUCCCUCAGGAGAACUCCAAGAACAUUGAGAAAACCCAAAUUCUUAGAAGACAUGGAACUUUCGAGUCCUACAUCGCGAAAAAGACGAAAGCAGUGAAAUGAAGUUUCAUUAUAGUUGUUAGAAUAUAAAAAGAAGAGAAAAACGUAUGACUCUUGAGAUAUAAAGAUGAAUAUAUACAUAUAUAUUAUUUUAUAAAAAAUGUAACGAGGCAAGGUAUAAUAGUGUAUCCCUUGGCAUUAUAGUUUUACAUCUCAAGCAGUGUAAAGCACUUGAAAUACAAUGUCGUGUAAAUGUAAGUUUAUUUUUUUGAACUUUUCCGUUGUAAAAAGAAUUAAUUUUACAGUACUCGAACUUUGUGCAAAGUUAAAUGUUUAAUGUAUUUGAGUGCGUAUUUAGUUCACGCAAUGCUUAUGCGUAAUUAAUUUUCAUCAAGUUUUGCAGAGCAGAACGCAUUAUUAUAAACUAAAAAAAACACAAAUUGAUUUGCGUGUGAAGAGUGUAUAUAGUUUUUCUACUUUUGUACAAAUUUCAACUUGGUUUCGAACCAGGAGUUUCACGAUCAUUCAAUAACACUGAGCCUCUGCUUCGAACUGAAAUUAACUUUUAACUAAUGCUGUUAGUGUAAAGUAUGCGAAAACUAUAAUUACUCCUAGUUAAAGUACAAUAAUUUUAAUUACUGCAAUAAAAAUUAGUGGGUUAAGAAUGGAGUAAUAAUCUUCAUUUGUAGAUUAAAAUUGUCCAUAGCUUCAAUUAUAUUUAAAAUAAAUUUUUUUUUUCUAAAAAAAUUCCAAGUCUUCUCAUUAAACUAAAGCUACAGCGUGUGUAUCACAAAUUUUUUUUUGAGAAAAAACGCAAUUCAUUCUUCUCGAUUAUUAACAAACUCGUUCCAUUGGAGUGUAUGUGCAGCUCGUUUUAUCUUUUACAUAAGCGAGCAUAUACAUGAGCGUA